UUGCUGUUUGUAUUAACCUUGAUAAUUUUUAAUAUAUAUGAAGAUUUAGAAGCAUCGGUGCAUCAUUUUAAAGAUGACAGAUUAGAUUUUAGACGUGCGGUGUUAAGGUUCGAUUUUACAGAAAACGAAACGGCAUUCAAUAUGAAAAUUAACAUACUAGGUGUUUCCAAAGUUAUUUUGAGGAUUUCUGUGGAUGAUUCGUUAUUUAAUUUUGAGAUGAAAAGGUUUUACAAACAUGUGUGCUAAGUCAAAUUAGUCUGUUCUUCACCAACGCCCCCCAUCCCCAUCUUCUCACAUUCGUUGUUUGUAAGUCUUUGUGAACUGAUACGGGGCCUGCCUCCUCAUUCUUUGAAAGUUGCCGAACCAUCUCAACCUCUGGCGUUUAGUAUUUUAUCUAUUUUCCCUUUAUAUCGGAUUCUCCAGUCUGCUUCUUUCAUUCUAAUUCCUCCAUAUAUUCUUCUGAUAAUUUUCCACCUAACAAUCAUUACCACAAGUUACGGUUGGUCUGGUUAGAGUCCUGUAGGUUUUUAAUGUCAUUUUUCUUGUGGUUAGUUUGUUUUACAGGGUUUCAGGUUUGCAAAAUAAUCUAUUACCACUUGGUAUUCUUUCUUGUACGGUUCUGCUUGGUUUUCCUCGAAAUGUUUAAGUUUUUUGGCACCUUUGAAAGUUUUAUCAUCUAUUAUGAAAUCUUCUACUCUUUUAUAAUAUUCUGAUGCCAUUUUCUGGAAAAUGUAUAUGUGAUUCAUGCAUUAGGAUGCUCUUUUAUACAUUUUGUAGUGAUUGUAUUUUGGAUCGGAGAAGGAUCUCCACACCUGUGGCCUCCACGGUCACCAAGAUCAUCAUUGUGAUCUUAUUUACAAAAUUCCAGGCUUAAUUAACGAUAAGACUUAACACACAUGUUUAUAAGAGUUUUUCGCACAUCGCCCACAGAAUUCUUGCAGAUUACUUUAGAAACUGUAAUCGUAAGAUUUGUUGAACAUUUUCUAAGAUAAUGAUACGAGAAGUAUGCAAUAAGAAUGAUAAAAAGAAAUGUACAAAAGAGUUGUUAAAAAAAUCUUGUGAUAAGUAAUUGUAGUUGUGUAGAGACCAAAUGUUAUAUGGUAGUUGUGGGACAGUCAAAUUUUUAGGAGAGAAAUAUCCAGAUUAUUGAAAAUUCCACACUAGGAAUAUUACGGGUUCUAAUUUUAAUCAAUAGAUGAAAUAUACCAUUCGAUUAAAAAACUUUUCAUCUGGGAAUGACCAUAAAACGAUGUCAUUCAUGGUCAUAAUUUCGUGGAACAAACGGCAUUGUGUGAGAGUUGUGACAUAAAAAAAUUAGCAGAAAUAUGUGAUUUAAAACAGUGACAGAAUAUCAUUAGGGUAUAAACACCUAUUAAUGGUCGAUACCCAUGUAACACAGUUUUUCUAUUAUUUUGUUAAUUUGGAUUUUAUCAAUUUUUUUCAUAUUUGUACAACUUCUUUUUUAGUAGUAAAAAUUAAUCUGGAAGGUUGAUGAUCAGCUCCAAAAUGAUAUGAGAAUUUUGAAGAAAACUGCAGGAAUCGAAAAAAAGACCAAGAUACUGGGUUUUAUAUUUAUCCAGAGUCUUUCUGUGAUAUAGAAAAUUCCUCCCAUAAAUUUUUUUGAAGAAACCAGAAAAAAAAGCACCAUUGCAUUUCCUUUUCAGUAUCAAUCGCUUCAAAAAGUUCCUUUAGUAACUUUAAUACUGCUAGAUCCAAAAAGUAUUUAAAUUUGAAAAAAUUGAUACUAGCUCUCUCACAAAUCAGUGCCCAAAAGGUACUAGAGUAGAUUCUGUGAGGAGAAUUAAAUUUCACUUCACUUCACUAGGUAUAGUAGUUCAUUUGAACCCUAGAUCUGGAAGGUCGUGGACGUUCCUUUGCAAUUUUGAUAUUGUUACAUCCAAAAAUUAUCGGAAAUUUGAGAAAAACAAGGAAGAUAUGUUUUUUUACAUAUUAUAUCCCAACGUAAACUGAUUAGUGUAGAUUCAGUAGGGAGGAAAAUAAAAUUUCACUUUACCUAAUUAAGAAAACCUUGCAAUUGGAGGCAUACACAAUGAAUUAGAAGAUCUAAUCUUCUUGAAUGCAGCACAGACAAAGUAGUUCAUUUGAACCCUAGAUCUGGAGGGUUUGUUUGGAAAACAAGGAUUUCUUUCGAUUCCCUAAUGGUACUGGUUUAGAAUAUGAGUAAUAAUAAUGUUGUAUUAGUUUUUUUUAUAGUUUCAGUCACUAGUGUCACUAAUUUAUACGAGGAUCUUUGGAAAUGAUUAUAAUAAAUAUGAACCCUCACACAUAGCUGUUCCUUCCAUGCAAAUUUGCCAUAUUUUAGGAAACAUUUUUUCGGAUCGAACCUUUUAUAUUCCUUUAGAUUGUCUACUUUUAAUAUAUCAUAAGAUAGUAAAUCAGUAACAGUUAGAAAAGGGGAAAAACCUGAAAAUAAAAUUAUUAAAAAAUGCUUAUUAACUGAAAAAAACAAACAUCCUUAUAAAUGAGUGGAAUUAAUGUUCCUUUGGUUGAAAGUUUGUUUUGAAUAUACUAUUGAAAGCAAUGAAGACUGUCCAUAAUGUUUUUUUUAUACGAUGAUUAAUGUUUUAUAUAUGUAUUAAUGAUUUUUUUUUAAUCUUUGGGGUCUUUUUGUUAUUGCGUUUCACAAUCUCACGAAUACCUGUUGUAAAAACUUGAAAUUCAUUUAUAUUUUUCUCACAUUUGCCCAAAAUAAUUGUCAGAGAGAUCAAUCUUGUAAGACAACUUUAUUUGCGUUUGUUUAUGUUGCUAUUUUUCAUUAAAAUCUCAAUUAUAUUAUCUGUAAUACUUAAUAAUUCCAUUUUUUCCGUUUUCCAUAUUUUUAUUGGAACAAUAUUGUAUUCAAUCAACGCGCAGUCCUCUAAUUGUUCCGAUCAACCCUUUCCUGUAACUUCUCCGAAUUAAAUUUUAGGUAUUGUAAGCAACUUUGGGCUUCCUUAAUUUCAUAUCGAUUCUUAUUAUUUAUGUAAUCCUAAAAGGGCUAUACACAAUAUAAAUUACUUCUGUGUCAUAUGAAGAGGGCUAUAAAUAAUAUAAAUUACUUCUAUGUACUUUGAAAGGGGCUAUAAACAAUAUAAAUGACUUCUGUGUACUCUGCAAAGGGUUAUAAACAAUAGAAAUGACUUCUGUGUACUCUGCAAAGGGUUAUAAACAAUAGAAAUGACUUGUGUAAUCUGAAAAUGGAUAUAAAUAAUAUGAAUUACUUCUGAGUAGUGUUCUUAAGUAAAAAAUGUUGUUUUUCUACUAAAUCGUUUCAUCAAAUCUAUGUUGAGGUUGCAUGUGCACAUUUUAAGAUUGAAAAUUUUCUAUUUGAGGUUUAUCAUGAGGAGUUCAAUAUGAAAACUUCUCGUACAAAUAUGACACAAGCUUUUUAUGUAUCGAUAAAAUAUAUGCCAACGUUUUAACUUCAUUAUUUUGAAUAUUAUUGCCCAAUGCCCAAAAUUAUAUCAAAAGUUUGAUAGAAUUGAUGAUUUAUUAUUAUUGUUUGUUAUUAAAAAUGAUGGUUCCAUUGUAUAAAGGAGUUUUUCCAUAUCUAUGGAACAUUAUAAUCAGUGGUAGAUACAGACUUUAUCUAGCUAAACCUUAAGAAGCAUUAUUAUAAUAGAUAUUUCGAAAUAUAUAGAUUUCAAAUUUCCUAGAUUAGCUGUUUGUCAUCAUGCACUUCCUGAUUAUGCUAGAUUAUGUUUAAUUUUACUACAUCGAAGUAAAUUUUAUCAAAACCAUUUUAACAGAAGUAACAAAUACUUUAUAUUUAUUUCCAUAAACUUUUGAAAUGGCAUUAACAUCAGUCAUAGUUGCGGAAAUCCUAAUUUUUACCUAUAAAUUAAUAUCUUUUGUUUUUUACGAAGGGAAUCAUUCUUUUCCAUACUUUUCUUUUGAUUGGGUUAUGUAUAUUUGCCACAUGGAUGAAAACUUUCAUUCGUCCCUACUGUACUAUGUAACAUUAUUUUUUAUUAAUUUCAAAAGAUAAUGUUACUUUAUUUUGUUGAUACUGUGAUAAAUAUCUGUGAUACAACAUACCACAUAUGUAUUCAAUUUCAUGUUUUUAUUAUUAAGUUUUAUUUAAGCAAUCGUUUAUUGUGAUAUUUUUAUGGGAAACAAUAAUAAAAACUUCACCUUUAGUACAUAUUAUUUUUCACCCCUAUCAGUGAAAAAUUUUUAGUUCACUGAGUACAUUUUUUUCUUUAUCCCGUGAAGUAAUUUAUCUGUUUUAAACGUUGUAAUGUAAUAAAUAUAAUAAUUUCGGUGGUGAACUACUGUUAGGAAUUUUUUGAGUAAGAUUCGUUAAAAAAAAGUCGAUAUAAAUAAUUUGGAUAUUUGAAAUUGAAAAUUGAAAAAAUGAACGACUUUACAUCUAAUAUGAAAAUACUUUGGAAGUUCCAAUCUUUUUAAUCUAUUGUUUUUGCUUUUAAUUAUAUUAUCAUUUCCAAAUAGAAAUUUCAGUUCACCCUAUAAAGCUCAGAUUUUAUGCUAAUACAGUAUUUCACAUUUAAUGAUAUGAUUUAAAAGAAUCACACAUGUAAUUAGUAGGUUUGAACUAAUUUUUUUAAUAUGUGGAAAAUACUAGAUAUUGAACAAUUUGUUUUUUUUUCAUACUAAAAAAUUAGUGAUAUUGAAACAAUAAUCGGUUUUGAUUUAGAAAGAUUCUCAAAAAAUACCAAUAGCUUUUCUAGAUUAUAGUAUAUAUCCAAAGAUAAUUUUCAAUAACAGUUUUUUAAGAUACAAAAUCAAUUUUUAUAGAUCCGUUACAAUAUAUCCAAAGUUGUAUAAUGUGGAAAAUGUCUUAGUUAAAGUUUCAUUUUUGCAAAUCAUUUAUUAAAUCAAAAUGUAAUAUAGCUCACUGUAACAGUGUGAUUUCUUUUCACACUAUUUUUAUCAGAUUUAUUCGACUCGAAUCACUUUAUUUUCACAAUACACACACCACAAUUUAGGUCUACAGAAUCUUUUUAUCUUUCUUAAAAAUCUUCAAUUGGACUUUUUCCUCUUGUGAGCUUAACAGGAAUCCAUUAUCUUGCUGAUAUUAUUUUACCUCAGCUUCUUUUCUUUGUGAAAUGUUUCAUAUUGUUUUUCACAACAUGUUUUCAUCAAAUUUAUUUCACCGGAUAACUAAUUUGAAAUCACAUUUCCACUAUGUACACACUACAAUUUAAAGCAACAACAAUGAUUAUUCGAUCACAAUAGUUCACAGAAUUUCCUUUCCUUUUUUAAAAAUUUCAGUUGGAGGUUUUUCUCUUGUGAGCUCGUUUUACUUCCCACAGCAAUCCAGUAUUUUCCAAAUAUUAUUUCACUUAAGGUCAAUUUCUUAGAGAAGUGUUUCGUGUUGUUUUUCACAAAGUGUUCCAUUAUUUUAACUAAUUCGAUUUAUUUGCACUAUUCACACACUACAAUUCAAAUCUCCAACAGUGGUUAUUCAAUUAACGUCUAAAUGUCUCCUAUCUCCUAUUUUCUUAAUAGUUUGCAGAAUUUAGAGAUUAAAUAUCUUUUUUAAAAGCUUCAAUUGGACGUUUUUUCAAUUAUAAACCCAUUUUACUUCCAACAGGAUUCCAGUAUGUUACAAAUAUUAUUUCACUUUAGCCUAAUUUUUUAGAAAAAUGUUUCGUAUUGUUUUUCAGAGUUCUAAUGCUUUCAAUAAAGUAAUAUAAUCACUUUUAUAAUUUACUGAAGUUCUUGAUAUUUUAUUUUGACUUAAUUAAUUGCGUGAUCAUACAAUCACAACAAUAAUUGAGUGAAUAAAAUGUUUUAAAACUUUCAAUACAUCGACUCCAAUUUCCCAUACGCCAUUUUUGAUAUUUACAUCAAAAAUAUAUCGUAGGUUAAAACUUUUUCAUUAAUAAGUUCGCAGCAAAUAUAAAUUUUCACUUUUUAAAAAAAAACAAUAUUUUUAUAACUCACAUAGAUCGAUAAUAUUUAUUUUCUUCGGGAUUGUAUGGAAUGUUCUCUCUUUGGUAAACUACAAAUGUUUUCCGCCUUUAUAGGCAUGCGCCAGCACCGUCAGCUGUUCAGUACGAAUUCCCCCAUUUUUGUUUGUGUUAUUUUUUGGUAAUUUCAAUAUUGUCGUAACAUUUGGUUGAGUUGUGAUUAUAAAAUAAUGUAUUAGAAAACAAUAAAUUUCACAUUUUUAAUACUCACAAUUUAACAACGACGAUAAUCGAGUAUAAAGAAGCAUUUAAAACUAUACACUCCAUGCCGUAUUCCCAUUAUCACGUGAUCAUACAUUCGCGUCUCGUAAUUUCAUUUUUUAUGGGGUUCAUAGAAAGUUUAUUUAAAACAAAAAACCGAAAUACUGUAUUGUUUAAAAUUCACAGUUUCUUAAUUAUUUUAUAGAGAUGCUACGAAAGUUUUUAUAUUAUAUAUAAUGUCGAAAACAUAGUUUGUUAAUGUUUUUAAGUUGGCCAACGUGUUAUUGACAGAUGACGUUUAAAUAUAAAACUCGACGUUGUUUUAAACACAUUGUUGGAUUAAUUAUUAUAGAAAAUAUGUUUUCCAAACGAGAUUUUAAAAGAAAAAAGCGUGAAGAACAAGAAGCCGCCGCUCACGUAUUUCAAGAUUUCAUAGAAACGUUCCAAAACUCUCAAUCUUCAGUUGCAAAUAAGACGUUCGUAAGGUCGGGACUGCUAUACCCGGAUAAUCAAGAACAAGUUAACGAAAACGUUUCUAAAAUAUACAAUCCGAAACCUUUGAUUUGUACGAAACAAAACGAACCGAACAGUGCCGUAGAGUGCGCGAAAAUCUUAAAGGAUAAUAUACCGGAUAAAACGAAAAAACGUCUAAAACCAAAAUCUAAUUUGGAUUUGUUGAAAGAAGAAUUGAAAUUGAGACACGAUGAGAAGACGCGAGAAGAAAAGGGAAAGUUGAAGGAAGAAAUCAAUUUUCCACCAACGUCAACUUCCGACGUAGAUAAACAAGGCACGACAAAUUUAUUUGUAGCUAAUUUACAUCCGUCGGUAACGGAAAAUCACUUGAUGCUCGAAUUCGGCGCGUACGGUCCAUUGGCCAGCGUUAAAAUUCUUUGGCCGAGAGGCGAAGAGGCCGGUCGGAAUACAAACUGCGGAUUUGUGGCUUUUAUGAGUAGAAAAGAUGCCGAAAGGGCUUUGAACGAUAAUCAACAUCGCGAAGAUAUGAGAGUGUGUUGGGGUAGAUCGGUAGAACUUCCCUCUUUUCCGGUUUAUAUUCCGAAUUCUUUAUUGAAAUUGUACCUACCUCCGCCCGCAUCGGGACUACCUUUCAACGCCCAACCCCCAUCGCCGAACGGUUACCGAAACAUACAUGAUUGUUACGUAAAAGUAACGAUUCCGUUUAAUAAGAAAAUCCUGAUGUUGAUUCACAGAAUGAUCGAGUUUGUGGUAACGGAAGGGCCGAUGUUCGAAGCUUUCAUCAUGAAUCGAGAAAUCAAUAAUCCCGAUUACAAAUUUCUAUUCGAUUAUCAAUCGCCCAAUCACGUCUACUACAGAUGGAAACUAUUUUCAAUAUUGAACGGCGACUCGCAGAAAAAUUGGUCGAUGAAGAAAUUCAGGAUGUUCAAAGGCGGUUCGAUUUGGUGUCCGCCGAUAGCGCCGUCUUACACCGACGGUAUGCCCGAGGAAUUGUUUAUUUCGAAAAGCAAACCGAGAAAUAAAUUAUCCGACGCCCAAUGCGACAAACUGACGAAUCUCGUUAGGAAUUUGACGACGCAGCGACGUAAAAUUGCGGAAGCGAUGAUGUUUUGCGUGAAUCACGCCGAAGCUAUCGACGAUUCGAUCGAUAUAAUCACCGAUUCACUUUUGAAUCCCGACACCGGGGUUAUCAAGAAAGUCGCCAGAUUAUAUCUCCUAUCGGAUAUUCUAUCUAAUUGUAAAACUAAACGGAUCGAUUUACAAUACCAACAAGAAACGUUAUUCGAUAUUUUUAGAAUGCUCCGAACUAACGCCGAUUCUUUGAACGUUUGCGAUAAGGAUAGUUUGAUAUUGAGAAUACUGCGCGUGAUAAGACAUUGGGAUAUUUAUAAGAUGUUUCCGGUGGCGUUUUUGGAAACGUUGAAUAACAUGUUUUCGACGGAUGGCGUUAACGACGAAGACGAUACUUGUAGUAUAGACGGACCGCUAGACGGGGCUAAUUUACUCAAAAGAUCGGAAUGUUUGGAAACGGAAAAUGUGAAAAAAAUCGAUUCUAAUAUCGAUAUCGCGAAAUAUUUCGUACCAUCGAAAUGGGAUGCCGUAGAUCCGGACGAAGUCGAAUCUCAAGCGAUGUCGACGGAGAAAAUGUAUCUGAUGGAAAUCGAUAAAUUGGCCGAUGUGGGGGGCGCGAAAAAAAGAAAAAAGAAAAAACAUAAAUCUAAGAAUCACUGAAUUUUUGUUGUUUUAUUAUUUUAUAUGUUUCUCGAUGUAUAAUUUGCGAAUAAACAAAAAUUUCGAUGCAAAUCGAAGGGAUCUAUCGUUUCCUUUUAUCUUGCGGCGAUAUUUUGCGUCCUUUUUAAUAUACAGGAUGUGCGAUAGUUCUAGCUGCCGAAGAUCUUCGUCUUCUAUUUCAUUUUCUCCAAAAUGUAGCUCUGGAACUCGAGUUUUUUAUUUUUUUUAUGAUAGUAUCGACGUUUUUCUUUCGAUUUUUCAGUAUUGCAACGUUGCCGUUCCGCAACUGUAGAUAUUAUAGAUUUAUUUGAAGUCAUUUCUCAAAAAUUAUUCGCUACAAUUUUCACCCUGUAUAUUUUUCACGAAUAUGAAAACUGAAGGCAUCCAAUAUAUAUAGUCACAUAGACUCAUGUUUUCUUAAUCGAUUCAUGUCAAAAUGAAAUCGAUAUCUCGAAUGGUUUCGAAAAUAUCGAAUUUUGUAUACAAUCACGUCAAAAUUUUUUCGAAAUUCUGACAAAAAUGUCAAAAUUGCGGAUUUAUAGUGAUGGUCACAUAGACUCAUGUUUUCUUAAUCGAUUCAUGUCAAAAUGAAAUCGAUAUCUCGAAUGGUUUCGAAAAUAUCGAAUUUUGUAUACAAUCACGUCAAAUUUCUUUCGAAUUUCUGACAAAAAUGUCGAAAUUGCGGAUUUAUAGUGAUGGUCACAUAGACUCAUGUUUUCUUAAUCGAUUGAUGUCAAAAUGAAAUCGAUAUCUCGAAUGGUUUACAAAAUAUCGAAUUUUGUAUACAAUCACGUCAAAUUUUUUUCGAAAUUCUGACAAAAAUGUCGAAAAUGUGGAUUUAUAGUGAAGGUCACAUGGACUCACGUUUUUUCGAUUGAUUCAUGUCAAAAUGAAAUCGAUAUCUCGAAUGGUUUCGAAAAUAUCUAAUUUUGUAUACAAUGACGUCAAAUUUUUUUCGAAAUUCUGACAAAAAUGUCGAAAAUGCGGAUUUAUAGUGAAGGUCACAUGGACUCACGUUUUUUCGAUUGAUUCAUGUCAAAAUGAAAUCGAUAUCUCGAAUGGUUUCGAAAAUAUCUAAUUUUGUAUACAAUCACGUCAAAUUUUUUUCGAAAUUCUGACAAAAAUGUCGAAAAUGCGGAUUUAUAGUGAAGGUCACAUGGACUCACGUUUUUUCGAUUGAUUCAUGUCAAAAUGAAAUCGAUAUCUCGAAUGGUUUCGAAAAUAUCUAAUUUUGUAUACAAUGACGUCAAAUUUUUUUCGAAAUUCAAAAGUUAAAAAAAUCGAUUUUUUUACAAAUAACUCGUUUCCUAUGGGUUUUACGCUAUUUGUAUUUAUUAUCAAUAUUGUAGAGCGUUAAAUUUUCUACAACUUUUGUUUGAAAUAUUUUUUCAUACGGUGAAUCGUUUCUGAGAUAGAGGGCGGUUAGAAUCCCGUUUGAAAUUAACUAGUAGCCCCGAUUAGGGCUGGGCAAAAUAAUCGAUUAAUCGGGUGAUCGAAUAAUCGGAAAUAUAAAAAUAUUAAUAAGAUAAUCUUGAGGUCGUAAAAAAGUUUCGCGGCUCUGACAUACACACUGUUUUUCGUACAAUCGAAUAAUUAUUUCGACAUAAUUCAAUAUCAGAAUCUUACUUCCAAAUAUCUUCUGUAGGUUCAUUAUUUGGUUUGUUUUUUGUAGGAAUCAAACCGCAAUCGUUCUUUUGAAGCUUUAUUUCCGAUUUUAGAUCAAUCGAUUUAUCGAUUAUUUUCGAUUAGACGAAAAUAAUCGAUUAUAUUUUUUGAUAAUUGCCCAGCUCUAGUCCAAAUCAAAAUAAUCUCUUAUAAAUUAUUGUUAAAUGUAUAAUUAUAAAUAAUUUUCAUUUUUUAUUAACACAUACAAAUAUCGUAAAACCCAUAGGAAACGAGUUAUUCGCAAAAAAAUCGAUUUUUUUCAACUUUUGACGCCCGAUUUUUGAAGUUGUUCGCAUCGAAUUAUAUGUGAGUUUCGAGAGGAGUUUUAGGAUGUUAAAUGAACGAGUUUAUAGCUGGGUAUCUCGAUUUUUCGAAAUUAUUGGCCUAAAUCUACCUAAAAUGAUUAAACUAAUUCUUUUUAAUCAUUAUCACUAGUAAUAACCCAAAAACAUUACGAAAUUUCGUUGCUCGGAAACAGACAACAGGUAAUCGAUUAUCUAGGGAUUUUUGUUGCUUCCGUUGGUAAUUUAUAAAAAUAUUCAUCUCCAACAUUCGUAAAGGUUGUUGAAAUAAAAUGUACUAAUGGUCAAGUUUUAUAAAAAUGAGGUAAUUUUAGAAAAAUAUGAUUAUAACAAACUGGUUGUUACAAAGUAUUUAUUUACAUAAAAAAAAUAACACCGCCACUAUUAAAUUAUAAACUACAACAAACAGUUUUUCAAAAUGAAAAAAUUUAACCUCACUUUUAGCACAUUUCAAAGUCGUAUAUUUUAUAAUGUAAUAAAUCAAAGUUCGAGAACUUCAAUCGUUCUGGAGUUCUAAGAAAUGGGAUCCUAGCAAUUUCUAGCUACGAUUUUUUACUCCCUUUACCAAAAGGACCUCACUUCUUCACGGUUGUUUUCGUCCCCCGUCCACUCUUCAUCUGAUUUUUUCAAAUUCCUUCAUCUUCUUAUCGGUUUAAACUUUUGUCGUAACAUUCCUCAAUCUUCUAAAUGCCAUCUUGGACGUAGACGACAUAGAUCUUGUGAUGGGCGUCCUUCUGGAAAAUUCCAAAUACAGAUGUUCUUUGAAAAACUUAUCUAGAACCUUUCAACGUUAUUUGGUAAACUGUAAAACAUGCCAAAGUGCUAAAACUCUUUUGGGUAGCGGGAUAAUCGUGAAAGUAUUUCUGAGUCAAGCGUGGAUUCCAUAUUUUCUGUAAUUAGCAGAAUGGGAUCCAGGAUUUUGAUGCAACAAAAAAAUUAAUCAGAACAUUCUGUAUUAAACGUAUAAGUUCAAUCUUUGGGGCUCUAUGAAGAACUCCUUUUAUGUAUUAUUGGUAAAUUAACUUGCAUAAACUCCACCAAAAAGACCCUUAUCAUAACCUGUUUUGUCUGCUUAACCUCGAGUCUAACUGUCGAAGUUUUGAGACUCCGUUUAGACAUUCCUUGAGACAAGAUUCUCUUAGAGCCAUUCUUUUAACACCCAGAGAAUCAAGUAUCCAAAAAAUUUGAUGUUUUCGUAAAAGAUUUUGUAUAAAGUUUCGGAUAUUCCAAUACGAAGACCGUUUCCUUGAGGUAUUUACCAAAUUAUCUGUCAUGAUUGAUGAUCGACCUAAACGGGCUCAUUAUCAACAAAAAUUGGUGCGUUGGUAAAUAAAAUUAGCAAAUUUGAACAUCGAUUUGUAUAAAAAUUUGAUUUGUGCAUGCUUAGACCAAAAAAGUCUGCAUAGUUCUGAAAUCAUAGUCGGCCGUGGCGACAAGUUUCAAACUUGCAAUUUUGAACAAGUGCGUGCAAGUCGUCGGCGUCCGUUCGCCAUUUUUAAGUUUAGAAAAGUUCAUUAUCGACUUUCCUGAAGGGUGUGAAUCGUACCCGUGUUUAUGGGACGUACACGGCAAUUCUUAUAAAAACAAAGACAGUCGUUUAGCAAAAAUUGCUAAUUAAUUCGUAUCAAAAGCUUUGGAAUUGCGUAAACUUUGGUGUCAACAAAAUUUUGAAGUAUGUUGGGCAAAUAAGGGAUCCUCUGCUGCGCGUCUUCCUAGAAGAUUUGCCGAAGCACCCGACAUAGUGAGCACUGUGAAAAACUUUGGUUUUUUGCUUAUAACAAGAACUAGCGCGACAACUGGCCCCAUUAAAUCCACCUCUAAGUCCGGCCAGGUACUUCUGGAACAAUCCUCGUACACGGGCCUAAAAUUCGAAUCAUUAUCUUGCGCGUCGCGGUCAUUAUGACGCGCAGGGCCGAAAAUUCAACUUUCGGCCCUUGUAGUGUGAUUUUUAACAGAAAGUAUUGGUCCCAGCACGAAAGUACGUACUUUCGAUCGAGGUAUGAAGAAAAAUCUAAUACAUUACACGGGCAAAAAGCUGAAAUUUCUGUUCUGCGCGUCGUGGUUUUUCGCCUCGGGCGUUAUGACGCGCAGGACCGAAGAUUCAACUUUUGGCCCCCAUUUUCUCUAGCUCAGUAGCUUCAUAAAUUGAUAAUGAAACGAAUAUAAAUACUAUUUUUAACAACCAGUUUAAUUUAUUAUAUUUUUUAUAAAUCCGUAGGUAAUUUUAAAAGACAUGCCGUUUUUUGUUCGUUGUCCAUUUUAGAUGUGAUUAAAAACAUUGUAAACCAUUUUGUAAUACUUUAAUUCAAAUAAACCGAUAUUUUUUUGGAAA